GGAAGGCUGACCCAGGCGGGCAGCUCCACGUGACUACUCACUAUGGCUUCCCUGUGUUGUAGCCGGCUGUCUGGUGGUCUUAUGUGAUUUGUUACUCCUCUGAGGCAGAGUAAUCGUCUCUCGACUUCGACAUGCAAAAAAUCAAAUCUCUCAUGACCCGGCAGGGUCUGAAGAGCCCUCCGGAGAGCCUCAAUGAUCUCGGUGCCUUUGAGAGCCUUCGGGUCCCUGGAAAGGAGGAAUUCAGGGAACUCCGAGAACAGCCAAGCGACCCUCAAGCUGAACAAGAGCUAAUUAAUAGUAUUGAGCAAGUCUAUUUUUCUGCGGACCCGUUUGACGUUGUUAGAUAUGAGCUGGAGAAGCUUCCUCCUGUUCUCAAUCUGCAAGAGUUAGAGGAGUACAGAGACAAAUUAAAGCAACAACAAGCUGCAGUCUCUAGAAAAGUGGCAGAUUUGAUUCUUGAAAAACAGCCUGCUUAUGUAAAGGAGCUUGAAAGAGUUACAUCACUGCAGACAGGUCUUCAGUUGGCUGCUGUUAUCUGCACAAAUGGGAGGAGACACUUGAAUGUUGCCAAGGAAGGUUUUACUCAGGCUAGCUUAGGCCUUCUUGCAAAUCAAAGGAAGCGUCAGUUGCUGAUUGGACUUCUGAAGUCACUGAGAACCAUAAAAACAUUGCAAAGAACCGACGUGCGCUUAAGUGAAAUGCUGGAGGAAGAGGACUAUCCAGGAGCUAUUCAGUUGUGCCUGGAAUGUCAGAAGGCUGCCAGCACUUUUAAACACUACAGCUGUAUAAGUGAGCUGAAUUCUAAGCUGCAGGACACUUUGGAGCAAACCGAGGAACAGUUGGAUGUAGCUCUUUCCAAAAUCUGCAAGAAUUUUGACAUUAACCAUUAUACCAAGGUUCAGCAGGCUUACCGGCUUCUUGGAAAAACACAGACUGCAAUGGAUCAACUUCAUAUGCACUUCACUCAAGCCAUUCAUAACACCGUAUUUCAGGUUGUGCUUGGCUAUGUGGAGCUGUGUGCAGGAAACACAGACACAAAAUUCCAGAAGCUUCAAUAUAAAGAUCUCUGUACGCACGUUACACCAGACAGCUAUAUUCCAUGCCUAGCAGACCUGUGCAAAGCACUGUGGGAAGUCAUGCUCAGCUACUACAGAACCAUGGAGUGGCACGAGAAGCACGACAGUGAGGAGACAGCUGCAGCUUCUGAAGGAAGUAAUGUGAUCAGCACUGAAGAAACCAAUUUUGAUCGUGGCUAUGUAAAAAAGAAAUUAGAGCAUGGCCUUACGAGAAUAUGGCAGGAUGUUCAACUAAAAGUAAAAACCUAUUUGCUUGGAACUGAUUUAUCUAUAUUCAAAUAUGAUGAUUUCAUCUUUGUUCUGGAUAUAGUCAGCAGGUUGAUGCAAGUCGGAGAAGAAUUUUGUGGCAGCAAGUCUGAAGUUUUGCAGGAGUCCAUUAGAAAACAAAGUGUCAAUUACUUCAAGAACCACCAUAGGAUUCGACUUGAUGAACUGAGAAUGUUCUUAGAGAAUGAGACAUGGGAGCUUUGCCCUGUUAAGUCAAAUUUCAGCAUCUUGCAGCUUCAUGAGUUUAAAUUCCUCGAACAGUCUCGCUCCCCGUCAGUUUCACCUAGUAAGCAGCCAUCAGCAACUUCUUCAAAACCCGUGACUUUGUUUGAGCAGUACUGCAGUGGUGGGAAUCCAUUUGAGAUUCAAGCCGACCACAAAGACGAAGAAACAGAAGAUGUCUUAGCCUCUAAUGGGUAUGAAUCUGACGAGCAAGAGAAGAGUGCCUAUCAGGACUAUGACAGUGACAGUGACGUCCCUGAGGAGCUGAAGCGCGAUUAUGUGGAUGAGCAGACCGGCGAUGUGCCCGUGAAGAGUGUUUCACGAGAGACCCUUAAGAGCAGGAAGAAAUCGGAUUACAGUCUAAAUAAAGUGAACGCACCCAUCUUAACAAACACAACAUUGAAUGUAAUAAGGCUUGUUGGAAAGUACAUGCAGAUGAUGAACAUCCUCAAGCCGAUCGCCUUUGAUGUUAUCCAUUUCAUGUCGCAGCUCUUCGAUUAUUACCUGUAUGCCAUAUAUACCUUUUUUGGUCGGAAUGAUUCAUUUGAAUCAACAGGACUUGGCCUUAGUAGUAGCAGACUAAAAACAACUCUAAACAGAAUACAAGAAAGCCUCAUUGAUCUGGAGGGCUCAGCUGAUCCUACUGCCACUCUCACAGCUGCCGAGGAGAGGAAGGAGAAGGUACCCAGCCCACACCUCAAUCAGCUAGUGAUUUUGACAUCUGGGGAUACAUUGUAUGGGUUGGCAGAGAGAGUGGUAGCCACAGAAUCCUUAGUGUUCCUGGCUGAGCAGUUUGAGUUCCUCCAGCCACAUUUGGAUGCUGUGAUGCCUGCAGUCAAAAAGCCCUUCCUGCAGCAGUUUUACUCCCAGACAGUCUCAACUGCCAGUGAACUGCGUAAACCUAUUUACUGGAUUGUGGCCGCUAAAGCCAUUGAUUAUGAACAGAUGCUUCUCCUCAUGACUAAUGUGAAGUGGGAUGUCAGAGAGAUCAUGUCACAGCACAACAUCUAUGUGGAUGCACUGCUGAAGGAAUUUGAGCAGUUUAACAAGCGGUUAAAUGAAGUUUCUAAGAGAGUUCGGAUACCCUUGCCUGUAUCAAAUAUACUUUGGGAACAAUGUAUACGAUUAGCUAACAGAACUAUUGUGGAAGGGUAUGCUAAUGUCAAGAAGUGCAGCAAUGAGGGCCGGGCCUUGAUGCAAUUGGAUUUUCAACAGUUUUUAAUGAAACUCGAAAAACUAACUGACAUUAGACCUAUUCCUGAUAAAGAAUAUGUGGAAACAUAUAUCAAAGCCUACUACCUAACGGAGAAUGACAUGGAGCGUUGGAUCAAAGAGCACAGGGAAUAUUCAACGAAGCAGUUGACCAACCUGGUGAAUGUUUGCCUGGGAUCUCAUAUCAAUAAGAAAGCAAGACAGAAGCUCCUAGCAGCUAUUGAUGAUAUAGACAGGCCUAAAAGAUAAUGAACAGAGUUCUUUCCUCGGGGGCAUUGAUCUCUCAGCCUAUACAACAUGAAAGGCAGUUCUCCAUGCACUCCUGAUAAUUCUCUUCUAAGAAAACUUUGAGCAUGUCCUUUUGAACUGGAAAAUAGAAAAUACUCAACUGUGUGUGGUGUUCUCAGAUGACUUUUAUAUGCUCCAGUUUCUUCAAAUUUUGCUCUUAUUUGUUGUAACCUUUUCCUGGAAUUAUCUUAUUGUCAUAAUUAUUAUUAUGUGGCUACAAUUAUACAUUUUACAAGAGUACAUUAUAAAUACAUAGUUGGAAGGAAUGGUGGCUACUGUGUCUAUGAAUAGUUUUUGGAGUGUCUUAAUAAAAUGAAAGGAUGAAUGUACAGUAUUUCCUAAUUAUGAGCAUUGCAUGAGAAUUUAAAAAAUGUAAGUAAAAUAGUUGGAAAAUCAAUAUGUUCUCUGUUUUUAACUGUCAGAGCUUCUGCCAGGGUUAAUUUGAUUAUAACAGUGAUCAUAAAUGAUGAAAUUUAAUAAAUGUUACACUCUAAAAU